UUUCCUUCUAUAUAAAAUGCUCAUUUGGGGCACCUCCCGCAAAAUCUACCAUUCUUCAGGCACACUCUCUCUCUCGAUCUCUCUCAUCCAAAGCUGUUCUUCAACGUCUUUCUUCAACUGUAAGUAACAAACAUUUUAAAUUUUAGUUUUUUUUUUCCUCCAUUUUUAAUUCUAUACACACGUAAUCUUUUGAUUAAGCGUAUACUCUCUGGUUCAAUUCAUUUGUCAAGAUCAGCAGAGCUAGUUUUGUCUGUCUGUAUGUAUAUAUAACAUAUAACAAUAACACUGUGUAGAUAGAGUGUUUAAGGUUGCACCUUUACUUCAUAUUCUCGUAUAUACAUAUCAAGAAUGAGUAUUAGCAGCUGUAUUGGAAUCUCAACCAUGAAACCCUGCUGUAGAAUCCUAAUUGGGUAUAGAAGCUCUACCUUUUUUGGGUUUUCUCUCCCAAAGUUAAAUAAUCCAGGCAUCCAUAACAAUUUGUCGAAAUCACAAUCCAAAUCGGCCCAUCACCGUAGAUUCCGUUACCACAGUGUCAAUAAUAGGUCCAGAAUCAUAGGUAAUAAGUCUCUCGUCAAUUCGAAUCGCAGAGCUUUUAAUGUCUCUGAUUCGAACUGGGGUCAUUCCAAGAUUUUUACAUCAAGUUUCCAUGUAGAUAUGGGUCGUAUAAGGGGUGUUUUAGUAAUUCCCAGGGUAUCGUCAGAUAUUAGGAACCAUUCAACAUCAGUAGAGUCUCACAUCAAUGAGAAGGGAUUUGAGAACAUUUACAUUCAAGGAGGUUUGAAUGUGAAGCCUUUAGUGAUCAAAAAAAUUGAAACAGGAAAUAAUGUAGUCAAAGAAGAAGAUAAGUCUAAUAGGAUAGAAAUUAACGGGACUAGUGUGAACAUAGACUAUUUGAAGGGUUUGAAUGAGACUGCUCCUAAGGUUGAGAGAGAGGUGUCUGAGACUGAAAAGGAGGCCUGGAAGUUGCUUCAAGGUGCUAUUGUGAAUUAUUGUGGCAAUCCAGUGGGGACUGUUGCUGCAAAUGAUCCUGCCGAUAAGCAACCACUGAACUACGAUCAAGUAUUUAUUCGUGAUUUUGUUCCCUCUGCACUCGCUUUUUUGCUUAAUGGAGAGGUGGAAAUUGUGAAGAACUUUCUUCUUUACACAUUGCAGUUGCAGAGUUGGGAAAAGACAGUGGACUGUCACAGUCCUGGGCAAGGGUUGAUGCCAGCAAGUUUUAAAGUUAGAACUGCACCCCUAGAUGGAAGUGAUAGAGCAUUUGAAGAAGUUUUGGAUCCCGACUUUGGUGAAUCAGCCAUUGGGCGUGUAGCCCCUGUUGAUUCUGGGUUGUGGUGGAUAAUUUUGUUGCGAGCUUAUGGAAAGAUCACAGGCGACUAUGCAUUGCAAGAGAGAAUUGAUGUCCAGACAGGCAUUAGGCUCAUACUUAGUCUGUGUUUAUCUGAUGGAUUUGACAUGUUCCCCACACUUUUAGUCACUGAUGGUUCGUGCAUGAUUGAUAGACGGAUGGGUAUUCAUGGACAUCCUCUUGAAAUCCAAGCCUUAUUCUAUUCGGCUCUGCGUUGUGCCCGUGAGAUGCUUAUCGUGAAUGAUGGAACCAAGAAUUUGGUAUCGGCCGUCAAUAACCGACUCAGAGCACUCUCAUUUCACAUCAGAGAGUAUUAUUGGGUGGACAUGAAGAAGAUUAAUGAGGUCUAUCGUUACAAGACAGAGGAAUACUCAACAGAUGCAGUGAACAAGUUCAAUAUAUAUCCGGAUCAAAUUCCUUCAUGGCUAGUGGAUUGGAUACCUGAAGAAGGUGGCUACCUCAUUGGCAAUCUGCAACCUGCUCAUAUGGAUUUUAGGUUUUUCACUCUUGGGAAUCUUUGGGUUAUUAUUUCUUCUUUGGGAACCCAAAAACAGAACGAGGGUAUCCUGAAUUUGAUUGAGGCCAAAUGGGAUGAUCUUGUGGCUCAUAUGCCUCUUAAGAUUUGUUAUCCUGCUCUGGAAUAUGAAGAAUGGCGUAUAAUUACUGGCAGUGACCCAAAGAAUACCCCAUGGUCAUAUCAUAAUGGAGGAUCUUGGCCAACCCUCCUAUGGCAGUUCACAUUGGCAUGUAUAAAGAUGGGGAGACCAGAAUUAGCACAGAGGGCAGUUGAUUUGGCCGAGAAAAGAUUGUUACGGGAUCAGUGGCCUGAAUACUAUGACACUCGCAGUGGAAGGUUUAUAGGUAAACAAUCCCGGCUUUUUCAGACGUGGACAGUUGCUGGUUUCCUGACAUCAAAGAUGCUUUUGGAGAACCCAGAGAAGGCAUCAUUGUUGCUGUGGGAUGAGGACUAUGAUCUUCUUGAGACUUGUGUCUGUGCACUUAGCAAAACCAGUCGGAAGAAGUGUUCACGCUUUACUGCAAGAUCCCAGAAAUAACAGAAUAAAGUUUUCUUUUUUCCUAAUGCCGCCUUAACUAUAUAUUGACAGUAGUGGCAUGGGAAAACAAGAAAAACAAAUAAGAGCAAUAUUAACAUUUGAUAACACAACCGCUUGGUGCUUUUCUGGUUUCGGGCAAAUGGCCACUUAUUUCUAACACCAAACUUCACUAUCAAGUUGAUUGUGUACCAAUAACAGUCAUUGAAACAUGAAUGAUUCCAUUUAGUGGCUCUGUUUUGGGAGAGCCUCUUAACAUAUUGUAUGUAUGGAUAUUUUGAUAAAUUUUAUUAAGUUGUAUUGUUAUUAA